UGCAAGCUAAUAUUAACCUAAAAAAAUAUACAUAAAUAUAGAUGCAUCCAGCAUUUCUUUAUACAUUAUCCGAAUGGAUUCCUGCCCUUUGUUAGAAUGUCUGAUAUAGCGUUAGAUGAAAUAGCAGUGUUAUCCGCAAUAUACUGCGAGAAGGACGAAUUUACUUUACUUGAGGAGUCAGAUGAAAAGGGGAUAUUAUUUCGAAUCCAGGUUGCAGUAGAAACCGGGUCUGGGAAGACGAGGCUGAGCCUGGUCUUUAACUUACCACCCGAAUACCCCAGCUGCCUCCCAGAUGUCUCCGUCAGCUCAGAGCAGCUCACCAGGCAACAGUGCCAGCGCGUGAGGCAGAGUCUGUUAGAGAAAUCUUCGGAGCUCCGUUCGGAGCCCAUGGUCCACGAGUUGCUCUUGUGGCUGCAGCAGAACAUUGCGGACAUUGCCUGCAUUGAGCAAGCGGGGUCCGUGGAUGCCGCGCCGGCUGCAGACGGCGAGCCUUGGAUGGCCUUGCUGCUACUGGAUCACAUGAGGGCGAAAACCAAGUACACGAAAAUCAUUGAGAAAUGGACCUUGGAGCUGGGGCUCACCGGGAGACUCUUCAUGGGGAAGCUUAUUUUGAUCGUUCUGCAGGGAGCAAAGAGAAGCAUAAAGGAGUACGUACAUCUCCAGAAGACGGUGAAGGUGGACGUGGACUCGGCUGGGAAGAAGUGCAAAGAAAAGAUGAUGCGUAUUCUUAGUGACGCCCCGCUCCCCAAAACCUAUAAAGAGCUGACAUCAUUUCAAGUUAAGGAGAUUUCAUCUGUGGAGGAGCUGAAAAGAGAAUUUGAAUUAGUUGGACUGCUCGAGCUCUACCAGGAGUUUGUGUGCUCAUUGACUUAGUGCAGCUUUCACCACUGACCCUUCACCAAGAAGAGUUCUCCUGGGUUGUCUCUAAACCAGGCAUCAACAACGCAUGGUCCUCAACAGCCGAGACCUGCUGGAUGUCCACCCUGCCGUUACCUGGGAGUCAGAUGUGAAGACAGUCUGGCCAGUCGGUAGCAGUAAUUACCUGGAAGAAGAGAAAACCAGGGUUGGAUUUGGAUUUGAGUUGAUGAUCCCUGGUCUAAAUGGUUGAACUUCUUAAACUUAUGUCCAGUUACACCUUUAAUGCAUUGAAAUAUUUGUCACCCUUCAUCAAACAUAAAUUAAAUAAUGAAUUAUUUUUAAUAAUAAAAAUCAUUUUUUGAAAAUGAAA